UCCACUGGCCAUCAUAACGCUUACUGACCGGGGGAUAUCUUGGAUUUAGGGCAAGGAUUUCCGCUGAAUCGAAGGUGGGCAGGGAGAGGUUUUCGAUCAGCCGUACGGGGCGCCGCCAGGGGCGCGAAUUGAUGCGGGCAGGAGCUGAUCGAGCUGGGCCACGGUGAUCCGGAAGGAAUUGGUCGUGAAAGAGGGUAAUUUCCGAUGGUUUGAGUCGAUCUGGGUGCUUCCGCUUGGGGUUUCCAGAAAUCUGGGAUUUUAGAGUAAGCUCACGGGUGGAGGGCAGGGGAGAGUGGGGAAGCUGAAAUCUUUGCUGCCGAAAGUGUGAAUGAUUGUCUUCAAAACAAAGUAAAGUGAGGAUUCCUGAAGAUAAAUCCUGUCAAAUCUUCUGGGGUCUUGUUGCUGGACUAAGGAAAUGGCUAUGCUGGUUGAUCCUCCAAAUGGUGUGAGAAACCAUGGGAAGCACUACUACUUCAUGUGGCAAACUUUGUUUGAGAUCGAUACAAAGUAUGAGCCAAUCAAGCCUAUUGGGAGAGGAGCAUAUGGGAUUGUGUGCUCGUCAAUCAACCGUGAGACAAAUGAAAAGGUUGCGAUAAAGAAAAUACAUAAUGUUUUUGAUAACCGUGUGGAUGCGCUUAGAACUCUACGUGAACUGAAGCUCCUUCGGCACCUUAGACAUGAGAAUGUUAUUGCUUUGAAGGAUAUCAUGAUGCCACCCCACAGGAGAUCAUUUAGAGAUGUUUACCUUGUUUACGAACUUAUGGACACUGAUUUGCAUCAGAUUAUCAAAUCAUCACAGGCACUCUCGAAUGACCAUUGUCAGUACUUCCUCUUUCAGUUAUUGCGUGGUUUGAAGUAUAUUCACUCUGCAAAUAUACUCCACAGAGAUCUGAAACCUGGAAAUCUUCUUGUUAAUGCCAAUUGUGAACUGAAGAUUUGUGAUUUUGGUCUGGCUCGUGCAAGUAGUGGAAAGGGACAGUACAUGACUGAGUAUGUUGUUACUCGCUGGUAUAGGGCCCCUGAGUUACUUCUCUGCUGUGAUUAUUAUGGUACGUCUAUAGAUGUUUGGUCAGUUGGAUGCAUCUUUGCAGAAUUGCUAGGCCGGAAGCCCAUCUUUCCAGGCACAGAGUGCCUUAACCAACUUAAACUCAUUAUCAAUGUACUUGGCACAAUGGGUGAUGCUGACAUUGGCUUCAUUGAUAAUCCAAAGGCCCAGAAAUAUAUCAAAACCCUGCCAUAUACUCCUGGUAUCCCUCUUGUCAAUCUCUACCCUAAUGCUAAUCCUUUAGCCAUUGAUUUACUGCAGAAGAUGCUCGUCUUUGAUCCGUCUAAGAGAAUUAGUGUUGAUGAGGCUUUGCAACACCCAUACAUGUCACCUCUUUAUGACCCUAAUGCUAAUCUUCCAGCUGAUGUUCCUGUUGAUCUCGAUGUAGAUGAGAACCUCAGAGAAGAUAUGAUCAAAGAGAUGAUAUGGAAUGAGAUGUUAUACUAUCAUCCAGAAAUUUCUGCAAACUCAUAUUAAUUGAGUGCUUCUCUCAGACUGAAUUUGAGGUUCAUUUCCGACUCAUAAAAGCCAAGCAUUAUUUUGUUCCAGUUGCUUUUUUUUUUUUUUUUUGAGAAUUAUCUCGAAGUCUCAGCUGUAGAUAUUUGUGUGGUUUGGUGAACAUAAAGUGUCAAUCCUUGCAUGACUGAACUUUAUGUUGCACUGUAAAUUACUUAUUAUCUAUGGUUACCCUUUGCGACGGUUCCAUAUCCAAAACAGUAGUGCCUUGCAUAA